AUGGAAAUAAUUUUACAAAUUGUAAAUGAAAUUAAUAAAUCCCAAUCAAAAGGUUAAGAUUUAAUGAUUGAAUAGUUUCUCGUUGGUUACUUAAUUGGAACAGGAGAAAUUAAAUCUGUUGAAGAAGUGAAUAACCUAAUUUAAUAACUAUCAUCAAUCAAAAAACGAAUGGAUGAUGGUGAGAUUUCAUCCUUCUCAAGAGAUUAUUUUAUUAAUUAGAAAUUAAAAGGUUUAGAACUAUUAGGGGGCUAAUUUUAAAAUAUAAAAUAAGUGAAGAAAUAGAUCAAUAGAUAAAUUAUUCAAGAUAAUGAUCCCUCAAAUAUUAAAAAAAAUGAUGAUUAAGAGUAGAACACUUAAGAAAUUGAAAAAAGUAAACUCAAUUAGCAAAAUAUAAAAUAAAAAGAAGAUAUAGAAGAAAAGAAUAAUGCAUUUUUGAAAUAAUCUUAAAAAAAUUAUAAUGCUCGUAUUUCAAAAGUUGUUUAGAAUUCAAAAGUUAAUCAAAAAUAAAAUUAAUAAUGA